UCAUUCGCCCUGCCCACUGACUUGAUGGAUUUUUUUUCUCCUCCUCCAGGGACUUUCCUAACUUCCUUCUGUAAACGAAGGAAGGAGCACAUGAGCACACUGUAUAUAAAUACGCUUGGGAAAGCUUUCUUCUUCUUCUUCUUUUUUUUUUCCUAAACCAAACUUGGUUUCUGUUGUAGGCGGUGCAUUCCCUAGUGGGGCGGGGCCCAGUGUGUUGUGGAGGGGGAGGGGAGAGGCCAGGGGGAGGAGUAGGCAGUGAUUAAUGCACCCACUGUGAGAACUUGCCUCCUAUUUAAUGGAGGGUCUCUCUGCCCAGGGGGAGUCAGAGCCCUCUCUGGACAGAGCCGUCUCUCGACCAGCAGGAGGAUGGCAGAGAAUCUGGGGCUGGGCUUCGGGGAAACGGCCAGUGUGGAAAUGCUGCCUGACGAAGGCAGCUGCACGCCCAAAGCCAGAGCCAGGCUGGCAGCCAGGAGCAGCACACACUGGGCCCUCACCUGCUGCCUGGUGUCGCUCCCCAUCCUGGCAGGACUUACCACCUACCUACUCGUGGGCCAGCUCCGGGCCCAUGGAGAUGCCUGUGUGUUCCAGACUUCAAAAGGACUAGAAUUUGGAUCUUCACAUCAGCGAGCUUAUGCAUCUACCGGAGCUGGUGGAGAUAAGCCAAGGGCACAUCUGACAGUUGUCAGACAAAGUCCCACGCAGUCCUCGAAAAAUCAGUUUCCGGCUCUGCACUGGGAACAUGAACUUGGCUUGGCCUUUACCAAGAACCGGAUGAACUAUACAAAUAAAUUCCUGGUGAUCCCAGAGUCGGGAGACUACUUUGUUUACUCCCAGGUCACAUUCCGGGGGACCAAAUCUGAGUGUGGUGAAAUCCGCCAAGGGAGCCGACCGAACAAGCCAGACUCUAUCAUCGUAGUCAUUACCAAGGUAACAGACAGCUACCCCGAGCCGACCCAGCUCCUAAUGGGGACCAAGUCAGUGUGUGAAGUAGGCAGCAACUGGUUCCAACCCAUCUACCUAGGGGCCAUGUUCUCCUUGCAGGAAGGGGACAAGCUGGUGGUGAACGUCAGUGACAUCUCUUUGGUGGAUUACACAAAAGAAGAUAAAACUUUCUUUGGAGCCUUCUUGCUGUAGGGGUGAGGCAAGCAUCCUUAUGUGAAGGUCCUCUGCCUCCUUGUUCUUAAUUUUCCUUCACUCAUAUGCAAUUAUAACAAGGUUUUUGUUUUUGUUUUUGUUUUUUUGUUUUGGAGCAUUCCACAGAAACAGUGGCUUAGCUAUGAAAUUUGAAGCCCGAAAUUUCAUAAUGUAUAUGCCUUACUGAUGAGAAUCUUAACCAGAAAACAAUAGAACGGAGCUGACAUAUGACUGUGGUUGCUUGGAAAAGGGGUGAGUUUCUAAACACUGAGACAUGACCACCAAAUGAAAGGAGGUCUACUCGGAAGAUUUCCACCCCAUUCGUACCACACACUGGCCACCAGUGGGCCCAAUUAUUGUGGGAUUUGAUCAUGAAAUAUUUGCUUCAGUUCAGGAGCCCUUGAUGAACAUCCAAAGCCGUAGAAAAUGGUGUAAACCCUAGGGCCAAAUCCUUCAAUAGUUUCUCCAAACACACACUUUAAAUCCUUGUCUUAAAAAAAAAAAAA